GACUUUCAUUGUAAUAAGCAGGCUAUCCUCAACACAGAGGCACAACAGGGAAAGAGCAGCACUAAGGACAACUUCUUCAUUCCAAAACUGGAACUCAUGCAAAGCUUCACUUGUGCAAUCUUCCAUGUCGGUUCACUUAUGCAGUGGAUAGCAGACGUGUUGGAAUGUCUUCUAAUAACACACUGCAAACAUCCAUUUGAGUGCACAAGCUGUCAGCAAGAUUUCAUCCUGCAGAUCGCCCACAUCCUUGAUCGGGAGGAGACCAUCCAGCUCUUCGAUCUUUAUACAUUGUUAUCCUCCUCAUCUAUGCCUGGUCAGGACCCUCUCAUCAAUGCUGUCAUCAAGGAAGAUGAAGAGAUCACCAGUAUGGAGACAGAUCCUACUCUUGCUUGGGUCUCCAAUGUGAACCCAGCCACCCAGCUAAGUCUACAAGGCCCAUGCCCCAUUCACAAUCAUUUCUUGAAGGGUAUCUUGUCUGAUAACACAUGA